AUGUUCUGGCAGUUUGGGAAGCCUUAUGUAGUGCAUGUUUGUGUUACCAGACCCAGACCUGAUAUCUGUUUUGCUGUUGGCAUGGUUAGCAGAUUUCAAUCUAAUCCUGGGCGAGAACACUGGACUGCAGUCAAGCAUAUUAUCAAGUACUUGAAAAGGACUAGGGAUUAUAGGUUAGUUUAUCAAUCUGACGAUCUUGUACCCAUUGGGUAUACAGAUUCGGAUUUUCAGACUGAUAAGGACUCUCGGAAGUCAACCUCUGGUAAUGCUUUUGUCUUGGGAGGUGGAGCCAUAAGUUGGAGGAGUAUUAAGCAAACUUGUGUUGCUGACUCCACCAUGGAAGUUGAAUAUGUGGCAGCUUCUGAAGCUGCAAAGGAAGCUGUAUGGCUUAGGAACUUCCUUAUGGAUCUAGGCGUAGUUUCUUCAGUGCAAUUGCUUCAGUGCAAUUGCCUAUUACAACUUUAA